AUGGCGAUCCAGGUACUCCAGUUACCAGCUGACCGCAACUACAUCAGCUUCUCAGAAUUCCUUGUUCACGUGAUCAGUACCAGGCGACAUGCAGACAGACACUGGAGCACGUACCGGCAGCUCUGUUCCCCGUGUUACUUCCACUACGACUACAUCGCCCUACUGGAGACCUACACGGAGGACAUGCAGUACCUGGCGCAGGAGUUGGGCAUCCCCAUCGACCCGGAGGCGAGACGGAAUGCCAAGAGUGUGCCAGGAGAAGACGAGAGUGCCGCCGCCUUCAGAUUCGACAUCUUCAAGGAGGAUAUGGAGAUGUUCGACUAUAAACUUCCUGACGACUUUUGGCUCAGCGAUGACGACGAAGUCUCAUUGGUUUCUUGA